AUGUCUGAGAGAUCAUUAUCACCUUCUGAUUAUUAUGAAUUAAAACAUGUUAAAUCCAUAACUUAUAAGCAUACAUCAAACGUAAAGAAAGGAAGAACCAUCCUAUACCAAAGUACUGAUAAAUUUGAGAGUGAUUUAAAUAAAUGCAAUUUAAGUUGCGAUUGUUCAGAAUGUGGAUAAUUAGUUGGAUUUUCAUUAAAAUUACAUAGAGAAUUACCUUUAAAAGAAACAAGGUAUUUAAUCAUAUACUAGUAUAGAAAUUAAAAGAAAAAAAAAACAUUGAGAAGAUUCAAAGCUGUGGGAAAUGCCAUUAUUUUUAUAUUGACAUACAAAAUGGAAGCUAUUAAAAGACUAAAAAAGAAAAUGCAUCUACUUAGAGCAGUUCGAAACUUAACUGUGAGAAGACCUGCUGUUGUAUAAUCAGUACAUUUAUUACCAGUUUAAUAACCAAUAAAGCAGCCGUAAAGGUUAUUAUACAUUAUAUUAAGUAGUCGUGAUGAAGAAUUCGAAGAAACAGUAUCUAUUCAUCCAUUUUAACCUACUUAAAAGGGACCUAGAAAAAGUAAGAUUUCUAUUUAUAUGGAAAAAAUGUUAAAAGAUGUAUUACCAAAAAAGGAGAUUGGAUUAAAACCUUUAAGUAUUUUAAACGAUGCACUUAGCAAAAAUAAAAAGAAGAGACACAUAAAAUGCAAUUCUCAACUAUCUUUAACUCAGUUUAAUUGUUAAUCUUAAAUUAAGCCUUUUGGUGAAUUGAAUAAAACAUAAGCAACUAAUUUUUAUUAAAGUAAUAAUAAAGAUAUAUUAAAAUUGAUCGACAUUAUGAAAGUUAAACACAGAGUCAUUCGAGUAAAGAAAUGA